UUGUGAUGCUUUCCGCUUAAUCACCGGAAGCGGGCGCCGGUAAAAUAUGCACACUUUUUGCACAGCCUAGUAGUAAACAUUCAUAAUGUGUCACCCAAUGUGAACAUGAGAAAACCCCUAUGUUAGAAAUAAUUCAGGGCAUUGAACCGGUCUCGUCGUGAAAAAUUUGUGGUGCUAAAAAAACAUGUUUUGAGAAAGUCGACCGACCGAGGGGAAAAAUGGCGGCAAGAAUUUUGGUGGUGGAUUUGUUUCCGGUGCAGUGACUUCAGUUGCUUUGUACAGCAUGUAUGUCUACGUACUUAAACCGUCGGAGCCUGGUCUUCAACCCCGUCUUCAACUAGAAAGAAGAAACAAAGAUACUCCUGUUCCACCCGAGCCAGUAGAGUCCAGAAACCUCUUGAAAUACGGAGCCCCUGACAGAGGCCUGGAUGUCCGUUACUAUACCAACCACGCUUUGUCUUACGAUCAGUCUAAGAAAAUUCCACUCUGGGUUGCAGAGCACAUCACUCAAGCUGACUUGGAAGGCUUGGCUCAUCGCAAACACAGUAACUUUGUAAUGGACCCUAACAUCCCACCACCUUUUGCAUCUCAAAACAGCGAUUACAAGAGGAGUGGAUGGUCUAGAGGUCACAUGGCACCUGCUGGAGAUAGUAAAUACAGUCAGGUGGCCAUGGAUGAAUCCUUCUACUUGUCCAACAUCGUCCCCCAGGACAUUGACAAUAACAGGGACUUCUGGAAUCGUCUGGAGGUCUACUGUCGCAACCUGGUGAAGACUUACAAGGAUGUCUGGGUCACCACCGGACCCCUAGUCUUACCAAACACCGAGGAAGGGGGCAAGAAAUAUGUCAAGUAUGAGGUCAUUGGGAAACACGAUGUUGCCGUGCCAACGCAUCUUUACAAGCUCAUCACCGUCGUUCUCUCCCAAGAGGAUGAUGACAAGCAACAGACCGACAACUCCAGCAUGAAUGCGACAGUUGCAGUCGGAGCUUUUGUCGUACCCAACCAACACAUCCCUCAAGAACGUCCCCUCAAAGAUUUCCAGGUUCCUCUGGAGAACCUGACAGAGAGUUCCGGACUCCGGUUCCUCUCGAAUCUCGGUGCCGGUAUCAAGAUCCGGGACCUCUGUGAAGUGGACUCUUGCAGCCUGAUGUCCCAGCAGAAACAUCAGCUGUACUUCAUCGGCAGACGUCUUGAGAAUGCCACGACCAUACACAGACUAGAAGAGCUGGCGGGAAUGGAAAAGAGGAACCUCGAACCGGAUGAGUAUCUACUUAAGGCAUAUCAACGGAAGAAGGAGGAACUUGAGGAGCAGACAAAAGAGAAGCAAAGCAAGUCAGAGUCGAGAUGAAGCAUGUCUGAAGCAAAGUCUGCAAGCCCUUAAAUACU